AUGAUGCUGGUGGCCUUGCUGGGAGUCAGCUGGUUCUGCUCGCCCCUGGGAGCUUUGGUUCUGGCCUUUAACAACAUCAAGAGCUUGAUCGACAUGCAAGGGGCAGGCAAGGGCUCACAGUGUGUGUCAGACAAAGACUGUAAUGCUGGAAAAUUCUGCCUCAUGCCCUAUGAUGAGAAGUCAUUCUGUGCCACAUGCCGAAGGGUAAGAAGGAGGUGCCAGAGGAAUGCCAUGUGCUGCCCAGGAACAUUCUGCAUGAAUGGUGUUCGCAUUACAAUGGAAGCUGAAACACCAGUAAUGGAAAGAAAGGCUGAAGACCAAGAUGGCAUUGAAGUAAAAGGAACCACUGAGCAGCCCACUGAGGAAAAGAAACGUAAGAGGAAGCCUAGUAUUAAAUCACAAGGCAGUAAGGCCUACAUUCAACCUGUUACGGGACAGGAGGGAGAAAGCUGUCUUAGAACUUUGGACUGUAGCCCUGGACUUUGCUGUGUUCGCCAUUUUUGGACGAAAAUUUGCAAGUCAGUCCUAUCAGAAGGACAAGUCUGCUCUAGGAGAGGACAUAAUGAUACUGCCCAAGGGCCAGAAAUCUUCCAGCGCUGUGACUGUGGUCCUGGACUACUAUGUCGAAGUCAAGUGACUGGCAACCAACAACACACACAGUUAAGAAUAUGCCAAAAAAUAUAA